CACCCCCUAUUAUUAGUAAGGAUAUAUGACUUUUAUUUUGGAAAGAAAAAAAAACUAUGUCUUUCACCAGGAAGUAAACGAGUUAACUUGUUCGUAACCUAUCUUUUAACUUUACUUAAAAUGUGGUUAGAUUUACUUAAAGCUUACCUAAACAGGAAUCUUGCAAGUGGCCGAUAUUUUAAGAUGAACCCACGAGCGUCGAUGGCGAAGUGAUCCAGGAGAUUAACGGAGCUCGCAGUUGAUUGUGGCAAACUUAUUUUGUUCACUAACAGCCAGUUAAUUAUGUCACGUGGCAACAUGUUUUUAUUCCAACCAAUGAAUUUUGGGACACUGCACAGCGUCGCAUUUUUUAUACGUUUAUUUUUGGUUGGCUUUGGGAUUUAUCAAGACCGAACCAUGGUAGUCAAAUACACUGACAUCGACUUUCACGUCUUUAUAGACGCAUCCAGACUGGUAACGCAGGGUGAGUCUCCAUACAACAGGUCCACAUACCGGUAUACACCACUCCUGGCGUGGAUGUUAUCACCUAGCAUCUACUUGACCUCUCAUUUUGGGAAGCUGCUGUUUGUGAUUUGUGAUGUACUCUCCGGUGUCCUCUUAUACCACAUAUUGACUCUUCGAGGUUUAUCCAGUGAUGCAGCCUGUCAUUUCUCAGCUCUCUGGCUCCUUAAUCCUUUACCAAUUGGUGUAUCAACGCGUGGGAAUGCUGAAGCACUGUUGGCUAUUUUGGUUCUGUCCACUCUCCUGUGUUUACAACUGAAGAGACAUUUUACAGCAGCGUUUCUGUAUGGUCUCUCUGUCCAUAUGAAAAUCUAUACAGUAAUAUAUGCCCUUCCCAUCGCCCUCUUUAUAUCAAAUCACAAGGACUUGAAGAACCAUUACAGAGGUGUUUUUAGGAUUAUCCAAAGCCUUUUCAGUAAGGAUCUGGCUCUAUUUGCUGCUGUUGCAGGAGCUAUGUUUCUUGGACUGACUUUGACUUUUUAUUGCAUGUAUGGCUGGGACUUCCUCCAAGAAACCUACCUCUACCACUUAACCAGGCGGGACAUUCGUCAUAAUUUCUCCCCAUACUUCUACAUGUUUUACUUAACAGUGGAGAGUGAAUGGAGUUUUGUUCUGGGUCUAGUGACUUUUCUUCCCCAGGUUAUAUUGUUGCUUCUUACAUCUCUAGCCUUCUAUGCUGACUUACCUCUUUGCUGCUUCCUCAACACAGCCCUUUUUGUCAGCUUCAACAAAGUCUGCACAUCACAGUAUUUUCUGUGGUACUUGUGUUUGCUUCCUCUGGUCCUGCCACACCUGAGACUCACAGUAAAGCAAGGGAUUGGGCUACUGCUGUUGUGGUUCACUGGCCAGGGCUUGUGGUUGGCACCGGCUUACUACUUAGAAUUUGAAGGACGCAACACAUUUGUGUUUAUAUGGUUUGCUGGCCUGCUAUUCCUCAUAAUCAACUCGGUGGUAAUGGUCCAGAUCAUCAACAAUUACAUACCAAAAACAAUUGUUCAACAAAAAAAGAAAAUGAAAUAAAGGCUGGAAGAAAGAUGAAUGAAUGAGCAAAUAAUUGUAUGUAAGCGUUUUUAAGGUGUGUGUUCAUUUUCUUAAUUCUACCUCUACUGUCUGACAAAAUGGCCUUAAACAGAAUAGGUACUUUAUUAGUCGGUGGCUUUACAGUUUCUUAUUUAUCUGUGUUAUAAGCUAGUAGCACAUAGGCUAUAAAGAUUAACUUUCCAUUUGUUCUCAUUCUGUUUUUAAUGUCUACUCAUACUUUUAUUUGUAUUUUUAAUGGUAUGGAGCGUAGAGAUAACCGUGAAAAGAGGGUGUUUUCUUUUUGUAAAAAAUUUUUAAAAAAAUUUCAGGAAACACGUACUAUUUUUGGAUAUAUAAAAGGUUUGGCUUAAUCAAUGUGGAAUAAAAAUCUAUACAGUCAUUGCUCCAUAAAAUCUACCCCAUAAAACAAUGCCAUUCAUUUUGGAAAUUUUCUGGGAAGACGAGGAAUUAUGUACUCUAAUGAUAAUAAUGAAGUGUAUUGACUGGUUUGUGCUCUUGAAAUAGAAUUGAAUAUUUAUAUUUAAAACACAUGGAGGUGAUACACAUAUCCAUGAAUUUUAUGCUGGCAGUGAUGUUCGUACAGGAGCUGUGGACCUGGUAUUCUGCAUGGCCCGACUCUCUGGAGCUGAUAUGAUGGAUUGUGUGUGACUUACAGUCCAGGAUGGAGAUUGUACACUCCCUCACACAGCAGCAACAGGUGGCAAGCAGCCACCAAAUGCAGAUUUGUGACAAACACUGCAAAUGGAAGCCUAUGUGUAGAGGGAUACUGGGUAUGGCUGUUCAAACUGCGAUGGCACAAGUGCUGAUUCCCCAAGCUUCAGAGCAACUGGGAGUGGCCCUCUGUAGUUGGGAACAGGCUCAGAAGAGGUGUGCUGGGUCCUGACAGCCUACAUAGUAUAUGUAUAAUCUCAUUUUGGAUUUUAGUAUAAGAAAUUUUCCUCCCCAUUUCUCUGUUUUUGUCACUCAGGUCUGGCACCUCUGGUCGUAUGUACAUUGGGAAUAUAUACAUUAUUUGCCUCAUGCCUAACAAAGAAACACAGUACAAUAAACAGUACUUUUUCACAAUUUCAAUUUCCAGAAUUCUGUUUUGCAUCAUAAGGCGCAUAUUCAUUAGGGCCAACAAACAUGCAAAAUGGGGCAAAAAAGAUUCUCCAUAGAUCCUGUUCGUAGAUCAGGUUGAUAACUCCCAAAAACUUGCAAAUAUAGAUUUGUUUUACACAAUGUAACCUUUAGUAAUUUAGGUCCAAAAUUGUAGUAAAAUGACAUAGUAUGUGUUAUGCAAGAGUUUACCGCAUACUGCCACAUUUGAUAAAUUAAUGAUUUUUAAAAAGGGAGUGAGCAGUUUGAGUCUCCACAAACAGUUUCCCAAUAAUCAGAUAACUGUAGCUCAUGAGUAUUUUUAAAAGAGAUAGUAAAGCGUAAAUCCCCCUUUUAAAUAUUGACUGGAAUAAUGGGUUAUAAUUAUGGUAUGAUGAUAAAUAUAAAUGGUUAGAUUUUAAACAAUAGGACAGAAAUGUUAAAAAAUGCAACAAAAAAAAUUGAGAUUACGUAGGUAGUUGCUUUAGAGUGAUAUCGUCCUUACAGUCAAAUUAGUUCAAACAAAGUCGCAUUAAGUAAAACAGUUUCUCAUUCAAUAAAUAUAAAAGUUAUGGUGUAGGAAUUUCAUGUUUGUGUAGCAGUCCUACUAGUCUAGGGAUCAUCAAUUAGAUUUGGCCUGGGGCCCAAACCAAUUAGUAACUAUAGAAACACAAAGAACUGUGUUUGGAAUAUUUGACCUUUGAUAUUUGAAAUAAUUUAAGCCCUUUUAAAUAAAUAACAUCUGUACCUAAUUGCUUAUAACUACAUGUUUUU